CAGUCGAAGAGAAAGAACAGAGAGCCUAAUGAAGAAAUUGUAACUCUUGGCCCUACUAUUAGUGAGGGAGAACUUGGUUUUGGCGUUGCACACAUCUUUGCAUCCUUUAACGACACAUUUAUCCAUGUGACAGAUUUGUCUGGACGAGAAACACUUGUUCGCAUUACUGGAGGGAUGAAGGUGAAAGCUGACAAAGAUGAAUCAUCUUCAUAUGCUGCUAUGCUUGCAGCUCAAGAUGUUUCUGUUAGAUGCAAGGGUUCUGAUUUUCUACUAUGAUUGCGCUCAGAAGUGGUUAGAUUUAAGUGAAGACUCAGAUGAGAAUGUCAAUUG